CUAGAAUUUAUUUUAUUAGAAAUAGAAAAGUAUUUUAGUAAAAUGAUGGAUUGACACUUUAUAUACAAAAUGGGAAUUAAGGCCUCAAAGACCUUGGAAUACUUGAAUUAUUAGUUAUCAUUGAAAUAUAAAACUAUAUGGCCAUGGUCAAUAAAAGUAAUGUAGAGGUAAUAUCCAAUGGCGCAGAUCUGAUUAGUCUUCAUGAAAAAUUGAAUGGAAAAAAAAAAAGAAAGCUAGCUGUAAAUAUAUAUUUGAACCAGCUGGAUGAGAAGGUGAACUACAAAGCUUUGAAUUUUGUCUCAGAAAAUUGUACUGAGCUCAAGAAGGUGACUGUGAAAAGUUGCUUUUCCAAUGGAGAAGACUUGUGCAAUUUCCUCGAGGCCUUGUCAAAAAAUCCUGACAAAAAAUCAACUCAACUUGACAUUACCGAAAAUGGACACACUGAGGGUUGCACAGAGGCUUUAGUGAAGUUGAUAAAGCAACGGUCUCUUUCUUCUUUGAAAGUAUCUCAUGAAAUUCCAGAAGACAAUCUAGGAAGGAUAUUGACACAAAUCCAAGAAAGUUCUAAAAAGUUCAAACACUUGAGCAUCAUCAAUUACGAUCUUUCUGAUACAUUGUUCGAAAAACUUCUUAGUUUACUGAAGCAUAAGAAAAUCCGAAAAAAACUAGAUCUGUCUGGUUGCACAAUUUCGGAAGAGCAAAAAAAGUCACUGCGUGACACAGCAAGUAGCAAAUUAUUUCAAAUAACGACACAGGCCAAGAUAGUUUUUGAUCCUGAAUCACAAUUUUCAGGAGUUACGAAGAAUUAUGAAGAUAACACUGAGCAGUCUGUAAGUGCACAAGCAUCUUCUGAUAAGCCAUCAACAUCUGAAACUAGGGAGGAGUUUCCUGUGAAGAGGAUAGAGACUGAGCCAUCUUUGGGAACUUUUCUUGAAGAAGAGCCCUUGUCAAUCGAAAAAAUUGAUAAUGUGUUAGAAGAGACUGGACAAAGAGAACCACAACAUAAUCUGCUGCCAUUCAGAGCAACUUCUACAACAUCCUUACCCCUGUCUACUGGAAACACCAAACCUGAAAGAAGUUUUGUUCCAAUCAAUAAAGAUUUGAGAGCUAAUUACAAUCUAUCAAAAGCAGAUAGCAGAGAUUCAGGCGUUGGUGAAUCUUUCAUUUCCCUUGACUCAGAUUCUAUGACAGCAUCCACUGAAACGCUGGUUUCAAAAGAAGAAUUUGAAAUGAAAAAUGCAUUCAGAGCAACCUCUACAACAUCCUUACCCCUGUCUACUGGAAGCACCAAACCUGAAAGAAAUUCUGUUCCAAUCAAUAAAGCUUUGAGAGCUUUUUAUAAUCUAUCAAAAGCAGAUAGCAGAGAUUCGGGCGUUGGUGAAUCUACCAAUUCUCUUGAUUCAGUUGCAAGUAGCAGAUCAAGUCUGAUUAAUCCAUUAUUCCACAAAAAUUUCAACAACGGAAAAUUACAUAAAGAUUUUAUGGCAGCCUCGACAAAAACUCUUAUAUCAAAUUCCAAAGAACUCAGCAAAUGUUCAAAAAAUGGUGAACAUUCUAUGACAGCAUCCACUGAAACGCUGGUUUCAAGAGAAGAAUUUGAAAUAAAAAAUGGUAGUGAUGUAAGAACAACGCAUGGUCAAAGCCAGAGUAGUUCUGACAGCUAUGUUUCAAGUGAUGAUGAAAGUGUGGUGAGUGUAUUACAUGGAGAUACAGGAAUAACUCAAGCACAAAUUGAUCAGGAAGAAGAUCUGGCUGUUGAGGAAUGCAACAUAAAACCAAGAGAUUUCAUGGAUAUGGGUGCCAAAUUUGAACCAGACCUGCAGGAAGCUCAGCAAAGUGAUUAUUCACACAAUCAAAGUGAGGUGAUUAAUGAUGAUGUCAUCCAAAAAGAAUUUAGAGUCCAAAUAGGUUCAGAUGGGGGAGACAUUGAGUUGUGUGACUGUCUGGUCACCUUUCCUCCAGGUUCUUUCAAAGAACCAACAUUAGUAGAAGGAAAACUAGAAAUAGAUCCAUUGAAAUGGCCUCCUGGUUAUACUGCAAUCACUCCUAUGCUAUUUAUAAAAUCUGAAAUACCAGCAAAAUUCCCAAUAACUGUACAAAUGGAUUCUUGGUGCAAAAAUGACUGCUCUAACCAAAAAAUUACAGUUGAUAUUCUUCAUCUCCCAGAUGGUAAAUCUGAAUGGGAAGUUAUUGCCACCCAGCCCUUGACCAGCCUAACUAGAUUUAGUUUCAGUAGCCCUGACUACAGCCCUUUCAUUAUCGGAUUGUUAAGAAGAGUUGUUGAACAGUUCCGUCCCACAUACUUACUUGACUGUCGUGUUCACACGAAACCUGAAAAUUCGUUUCGUAUAGUUUUCAACAAGAGGAGUCGGGUUCUAGAGGAACAUUUAUUAAAAUAUAAUCUAGGCUCUCUUAAAACUGGUUUUGAUACCAUUUUUGUACACAAAAAUGAUAGAAUAGCUAUAACAAUCAAGUGCGUGAACCCUAACGGUAUUCUUUUUUGCCAUGAGCGAUUUGACUUCUUAAUUGAUGACAAUUUUCUUGAUAUUCGAAAAGAUAAGCAAUUUGAGACGUAUAUUACAAACGAAGCAACCGCACCGAGGCGAUUAGAGAUUUCAUGUGAUUUGUUUGUAAAUAAUGUUGCUGUCCAGAGGGACCAAAGCUUCAUGUAUACACUGGAUAUUGAAAGAGGCAACCGAAAACUUAAAAUAAAAGCUACUGAUGGUUCAAUAGUCACUAUUGAUACAGAAAAUAUGACCAUUGAUCAUCGUCGAAUGCCAAAUAACAUUGAAUGGAAGGAAUACAUCAAAAGCUUCAGUUUCUUACUAAAGAAAUUAUCUAAAAUUAUUGUCUCGAGAGACUUUAUGUUCAUUGCCAUACUCUCGCUUUGUUUGUUCCAAGAUGCCAUAUCUCCAUUGGAAAUUAUGGCCUAUAUUGUUCUCGCUGCACUAAGUGCUGCAAUUAUCAGAGGAACUUAUGAAAGAAUUCGCAGGCUGUUUCGUUGAGUUGCAUGUUUUUCAACUGCAAUGAUUUUAUUUUAUUUUUUCAUCCUUCAUUUAAUGAAGAAUCACUCCCUUCACCCUGUAAUGCAAUUUCGGUGCUCCUGAAGUAUGCGAACCAAGAUGGCGGACAUCGGAACGUAACAUGGGUAACAGGUUAGGGUUAGGCGAUAAUUUUCCUCAUUUUAGUCCUA